AUGAAUAAUAAUGUAAUCUUCGUUCUUCUCAUCUCCCUUGUCCUCCUCCCUCUAUACGCAUCAGCGGCAGCGAGUCUGGGUGGCUGGAUUCCUAUCACAAACAUUAAGGACCCGCAUGUGGUACAUAUUGGAGAAUUCGCUGUUUCUGAAUACAACAAGCAGACCAAAUCAGGACUCAAGUUCGACUCGGUUGUUAGCGGUGAAUCUCAAGUGGUAUCUGGUUUGAAUUACUGGCUUGUGGUGGCGGCUGAUGACUCCGGAACGAGCAAGAACUAUGAGGCAAUUGUAUGGGAGGAGCUGUGGCAAAGAUCAAUGAAUCUCACAUCUUUCACACCUCUUCUCAAAAAUAAUCCAGAAAUGAAUAAUAAUGUAAUCUUCGUUCUUCUCAUCUCCCUUGUCCUCCUCCCUCUAUACCCAUCUGCGGCAGCGAGUCUGGGUGGCUGGAUUCCUAUCACAAACAUGAAGGACCCGCAUGUGGUACAUAUUGGAGAAUUCGCUGUUUCUGAAUACAACAAGCAGACCAAAUCAGGACUCAAGUUCGACUCGGUUGUCAGCAGUGAAUCUCAAGUGGUAUCUGGUUUGAAUUACUGGCUUGUGGUGGCGGCUGAUGACUCCAGAAUGAGCAAGAACUAUGAGGCAAUUGUAUAG